AAGAACAGUUAUAAUUUGUUUUAAGAAAUUUGUUUUGUGUCAAUACCGUGUACACUUGCUAUUUUCAACAAAAAAAAACUGAGGCAAGAUAUAUGAUAAUUCAUCUCCGUUGAGCUCUCGUAUAUGCUGAGUGUUUAAUAACAGUAACUAGUGCCAGAAUUUUUUAGUGUGAAAUAUCGUCUCACUAUUGAGUAUCAGAUUUUCUUGUCUUACACCAACUAUUAAGUAAGAUCAAAACUAAGAUUUUCAAAUUCAUGUGCCUACUUCAGCACGCAUUUGACCAUAACAUAUAUUAGUUGAUAAACUGCCCCACUAUGGAAAAUGAAGAACAACCAUUAAACAUUAAAGCGGAGCACAUAUCCUCCGAGAUUCUUGAAAAUGAUCAGACGAUGGAAAAUAUUUCUCAAGUGGAUGAUUUUUUGUGUAUAUCAUCAAACGAUUUGUUAAUAAUUUCGGAGGUAAUUUCUGGGAAAGAUCAUAUCCCGGCUGAAAGUGGACCAAAUGAAACGAAAUCGCAACUAGCUGAACAUGUCUUGAGUUGCAGUGAAGGCAGUUCUAAUCUUUCUAAGGAGCAAGAACAGAUUUCGACUGAUGACAAAGGUAAUUUAACGACCGCAGGUGAACUCCAAGGCAUAGAGGCAAUAGGAGACAACGAUAUUGACAACUCUGCCAAGUACGUUAAAAAUCCUUUUGCCGUGGCAAAAAAACGAAAAAAUAAGAAGAACGGUAGCAAAAAUCAGAACUGCGAUGGCCAAGAUUUGGACAAGCCUUCCGACUUAGUAGAUACACGAAUACUUGUUAAACGUGAACUCCUGGAUGAGUUCACUACCUCUGCUAAGAAUUUAAAUUCUAAAUUAGACACGCCGCUGAUGUUGAGGGGUGUUACCAAAAACAGUUUAUAUUUGAAUAAUCAACCACAAUCAGAAUUAUUGGUCGCUCCAGAUGCGGAAAAUAAUGACAACAGAUUGGAAUGUUUAAAUUACGAACCAUCGAUAGUCUCACCAAACGCAGCAUCAAAUACUUCACCAUCGAUAGUCUCACCAAACGCAACAUCAAAUGCUUCACUUGGUUACCCAAACAUCGAACAUGAAGAAAUUGAAUUAACUAUAAUAAAGUCCGAAUAUAUAGCCAGUGAAAUCCCUUUCGAUGAAAACGCCUACAAAGAGCAAAUGGCAAUCACAGACACUUCAAAACUUGUAGGAAUUCCAGAGGAAUUCUCAGAUAAACAUUCAAGCGAAAUUGCGAUUGAAUGUGAUGGGACGGAAACAUCGAUUAACUGCGACAGCAAUUAUAUAGAAAGUGAGCCAUCUGAAUUAGAUAUUGGAAUACAUGUUGAACAUGAACUCCCCGAAGAAUUCACUACAUCUCGUGAGACAUUUAAUUCCCAAUACGAUCCAGUGCUAAUGUCAAUGGCAACAAUUGAAAAUUGUUCAAAUUUCAAUAGUCAACCACUAGCAGUAACAAUGAUCGCAUCAAAUGUUGCAAAUAAAGGCGAAAACGUUGAAAGCUUAAAUUAUCAGUCAUCAAUUGACACACCAAACACAUCAACCGCACCAGAAACAACCAAUUUUUUAAGAAUUGCGGAAGUGUUUUCCGGAAAACAUGCUAGAAAAAUCGCUGCUAAAUGUGAUGAAACGGAACUAACGAGUAACUGUGACAACAGUAACAUUGAAAGUCAGCACUUUGAGUAUGGUGUUGUUUCACAUAUAAAAUGCGAAUUGCCUGUGGAAGCCAAUAACGAAGAGCAUGAGCAACAUCAUAUUGCGAAUGAGUCAAUUAUAUUUGGAAGUGACAUUCAAAUACAAUCAACGCCUAACUGUGUUGAAAAUGUAUCAGAAAAUACAGAUACUCUUACUCUCGAAAAUCAACAAAAGGCGACGAAGACUCAAAUACCUCAUGAAUCAAAAGAUAAAAAGCAGCACUCAGAACCUCUGAGACGAGAAUAUUCGAAGCGACGAAAACAGAAUAAGAAAAUCAAGGGAGAAUAUUUUAAACAUGUCAAACCCGAUACAACUGUUGAAAAACGUCAGACCCGUCAAAAUCGUAUGAAUUUCAGUUUGAAUGAAUUUCCACAACCCCUUAAAUUGGAAACAAAUGAUGGUGAAAACAAAAAAGCUAGAAAAGCAAACGAAGACAUUGAUGUAAAUUUGCCCCGUCCCAUAGUGUUGAAAAAGGAAACGAUGAAGUAUGACAUUAACCAGCCUCAAACAUAUAAAACUGUUUCACUUCAGCCUAUAGUUAAGAUAAAACGGUUGAAUGUGAAUAGCCAUAGGCAAAUUAAAUUUGGAAAUAAGGGAAGAUCAUCACGGGCAGUUGAGGCGAUGAAAAAUAAUUCUAAACAUAAGGCAACCAGUAUUAAUGCUGACUUCCAACGUUUUGUCAUUCCAAAUCCAGUGCAUGAUCGCCACUGUGCUUCGCAAACUGCAUCAUCCUCGCGACGUGAUAGUGGUGUUUCUUCUACCUCACGUAACUCCCGAAUGGAUGAUAAUAUUUUACUUGAGAUUGCUGCUGAGCGAGCUUUCAUCAACCACCACUUGACACAUUUUGGUUAUUCCCCAAUACAAUUUGAUUUGUACAACGAUGAACACAAUUUGUUAAAUUUUCUCCAAUAUCUGUUCGGUGAAUUGGUAGUAGACGAUAAAUAGAGGAAUAACUGUUUUUAAUGAAUUAGUUAUGUUUUUAUUUCUUUUAUGUGGAUUUUUGACAAUUUUUAUUUUUUGUGCGUUUUUUUAAAGUUUAAGUGUUUUGAAUGAAAUUUUAUGUAUCCUUUAAUUUUAAUGUUAAUCUGUGUUAAAAAUGCAGUCUAUAGUUUUUCAUCUACAUCUUUAUGAUACGAUAUACCUGUCUCGUACUACACUACAAAACAGUUUCAAAUUAAACUUUGACUAAAAAAAAAAUAAUAAAAAAAUAAAGCAGAGCUUUAAUACAAAA